AUGAACAUGUCCAGCAGCGAACCCAUAGAGCCUGCUCCACCAAACACGUUGGACGAGGAAGAAGACUUUGAGGGGUCAGACUAUGGAGGAUCAGACUAUGGAGGAUCAGACUAUGGAGAAUCGCUCGCGUCUUCGGGCUUCACCUCACUCGCUUCCCGUGUGAUGAAGCACUCGCACGAGGGUGGAAGACGCUACCAGUCCUUUCUGCAAGGCAUCUACCCUCUUCCGAAUGACGAGACGGAGCAGUUCCGUGAAGAGAUGAAGCACCAGCUGGUAAAACGCCUCCUCGAUGAGAACGACUACCUAGCACCAAUCGGUGACCAUCCGCAAAAGAUCAUGGACGUCGGCACCGGCACCGGUCUCUGGGCCGUUGACAUCGCGGACAAGUUCCCAAGCGCACACGUUAUAGGCGUAGACAUAUCGCCCAUCCAAAACUGUUACGCGCCGCAAAACGUUGACUGGAGAAUCGACGACAUUGAAGAGACAUGGUCGCCGCUGUACGCCAACUUGGACUUUGUUCAUAUGCGCUCAGUCUGUGUGACUCUUCGACAGCCAGUCAAGGUCAUCCAUUCGGCGUACCAAAACCUCAGGCCAGGCGGCUGGAUCGAGUUCCAAGACGCCGGCGUCAGAAUCGGGUGCGAUGACAACACCCUGCCCCCCGACUACGCGCCCGCCAAAUUCAUGGACAGGUUCAUCAGCACCUUCAAGACGCACUACGGCUGGGACCUCGAGUUCCCAAACAUCCUGCCCGACACCUUACGCGAGGCCGGCUUCGUCAACAUCCGCUACCGCUUCUUCAAGCUGCCCAUCGGGCCCUGGGCAAAGGACCCCCAGCAGCGCGAGAUCGGCCUGUUCCUCAGCAAGGACGUACUGUGGCAGCUCGUCCGCGCCGUGCUCGUCAAGUGGGCGCAGCUGGGCCUCACCAAGCAGGAAGCCGAUACCAUGGAACAGGACAUCCGGAGGGCGUUCCACGACACGCGCAUACAUGGAUAUCUUCCGUGGAUCUCCGUCUGGGCCCAAAAGCCGCCCACCUGA